UAGUUAAUAUGUUGAAGAAAGAGAAGCAGAAAAAUGCAGAGCUUGAGAGCAACCCACGUCAAAAGCGACACUUGGCAAAGGAGUCUUCCUUUCACACGUCACCUAAUUCAUCCCAGACUUCGCUACAAGAAAAUUCUUUUACUUCUGAGGAGAAUAUUAAUCCUGAUAAUGUUGCUUAUUCAGAUACCUGGAUAGAUCAGAGCAAAAGCAUUCAAAAAAACAAAGAGAACAUCACUCACAGACAAAUUUAUAUGCCAGCACAAAAGAGAACUCAUCAAAAGUAUGAUGCAGCAAGACACAGACCACGAUGGACGAAGAAAAUGAAAAUAGAUGUUGUCCGAUGUUACUUCAGGGCCGUUGUAAAUGCACCAACCUCAUGUAGGCGAUCAAUGUAUCGUUACUGGAAACAAUUGUACCCAGAUACGACCUACACUGAACAAAGAAUAGCUAAUCAGAAACGACAAAUAUUCAGCCAUGUGGACAAUAUCAACAGACACAGUAAGAAAGGGCGUUGGUUGACGAAAUUAGAAGUUGAGGCUAUAAAGAUGGGACCAAUGUCUUUGGGUAGACAGGAAGCCUUUGAUAUUUUCUGCCAAGAUUACAAAGACAACAAAGCAAUCAAGAUGAAGAAAGCAGAGCUGAAGGAGCAAUAUUCAAAAGCGAAAUCUCUUGGAGAACAAGUCAAUAAGUCCCGAAUACGAAUCAAUCAGUUGAAGUCUAAAAUGGAACAGCACAGGUUACAGUGUGGACUACAAGGAAAGCUUGAUCCUGAUAACCCCGAUGAAGCAGAACAAAGUUUGAAGAAUGAGAUAGAGAAAGAAAAAAACAAGUACAAAGAUAAUUUCAACUCCCUCCGGAAUUUGAAGACUGAAAUAGAACAUUGUCAGCAUCUGCUAGAGAAAGAAAAGGUUCAACUAAUGAAAGCCUUUGAAGAAUGGUGGGCUGAGCAAGUAAAUCUGGUCAUGCUGCAGGAAGAGCAACUGCAGCAGCAACAAGAACAACUACAACAACAACAGCAAGAGCAACAGACUCAGUAUUAUCACAACUCGGUGUCUCCAGGGCAAGCAACUUCAAAAUUGUCACAGUCGUCUUCACUUUUAUCAAUGCAAUCCAUAAACAGUAAUGGUCCCCCAACUAAAGAUCUUCCAAGAAGACUAAGUUCCACUGCCUUGAACACACAUUCUGCUCCAUAUUCUACUGGACAACAACCUCUUACCGUUGCUAGAAUGAGUUCUGCUCCUGUCAGUUACCAGAGGUUAAAACAUGGAAACAUUCCAUUGACUGGAGACGCACAAGUUGAUUCUGAUAUUAAAGCCUUUGUUCAAGCUAGAAGAAAUUUGUUACAAAUGCGUUCUGAAAAUAAAUGAGACAAAUGCCAAGCAGCUGAUGCCAAAACCAAUAUUUUAUAGUACACAUCUCUGUUAGAACAAGAUACCAGUUCCAAAUGUAACACCUGAGUGUAUUGCUGUGUCAGUCUUUUCACUGCAAGUUUUUGUUACUCAAAGACAGAAGACAGUGGCAUGCAUCAUCUAACAGUGCAAAGAUAAGGAAAAGAACAACUUUUACAUACAUACAUACAUACAUACAUACAUACAUACAUAUAAUGUAAGUAUAUACAUAUAUUUAUGUAUAUAUGUGUGUGUGUGUCUCUCUCUGUGUAUAUAUAUGUAAAUAAAUGUAUAUGUAUAUAUGGAUAUAUGUAUGUAUAUAUACAUGUAUAUGUAUGUAUGUAUCUAUGUAUCUAUCUAUCUAUCUAUAUAUAUAUAUAUAUAUACCGGAGUAAGCACAUGAAAUGUGCAACAAGGUGGAAAAAAGAGUACUC